ACAAACAAACUAAACUUCUUUUCAAAUUGACAAUCUCAGAUGGAGUUAGUGUCCGGGUACCGUGACCCCUUGAUUGAGUUCUCGGAGGCCAUGGCGCAAUGGUACCGGUGCUUCCAAACCACACGUAACGGACGCAACCGGGAUAAACACACGGACGGUGAAUUUGGGGGUUACGGCUUUCCCCACUACCCCGUGGACUGCUCACCGUACUGGAUACUGCACCUGUUAGACUGCACGACACCUCCUCCUACCGCCAGACAUCGGCUUGAGCAAGCUAAUGUCGACCCGUCCGAACUGAGUAGGUUUAACAGCAUCGGGGAGAGUAUUCUGAUGGUGACCGACGCCUCUGGCUUGCCCCUGGGCUUCGACGUUCUGCCCUGCGGCUGGGCCAGCUCCCUGGGCGGGGGCGAGGCGGCGGGGGGAGACGGGGAGGGGAUGGUGGGGACCCUCCAGAGGAUGGUAGGGCUGCUGCGACGCUGCAUGGAAGCCCCCAUGAGCGGGGGCCUGCCACGGAGGCCCCUCACUCUGAGAGUCAACGACCGGAAGCUGCACAGGUUGCUCAGCCGCAGUGGCAAGGCCCUGUCCAUCCUGAAGGUGGCGCUGUGGCCCCUUGCCCUGGGGGGCUGGGACCCCGCCCAGGUGGAAGAGGAGGGGGGGCAGGCCGUGGAGGCCGAGACCUUUAGCAUGCGCUGGCCCCCUACGCUCUACUGUCACGUGUGUAAGAAACACUCAUUCCCCAGUCAGCUGAAACCAUGGUCUUGGCUUGUUUUCACAUGCCUGUUCCGGGUGGACAAAUUACUAUCACACUUCCCACCGUCUCUCUUUUUUCUGUCCAACUGCCUCCUUUUGUGUCUUUUACACAUUCUCGCUCUCUUUCCGAGCUCUUUCCACCCUUUUCUCUUGUUUUCUGUGCCCCUCCCUCCCAUAUCCAACAGCUCUCAGUGCAAGGCGGUCCUGUACUGCUCCGAUCAAUGUGCCCACUCAGACCGGACCCGUUGCCCAGACGAUACUAGUCACGAGCACUGGUGUGGCAAGCUGGCCACAUUCAUGGCCAAUGGGCCCCUGUUGACAGACAGCCCAUUCACCUAUGCUGAAGAGGUGGCGGCUCAUGACUUUGACUUGGAGCACUUCCUGUUUAAGAACAAGCUGGACUGUGGUUACUGGGUCCACUGGAGUCUGCUGGUGCGCUCCCCCCGCUACGAGCUCCACCACAGAGUGGAACAGUCCAAAGACCCAUACCCCCAGUGGCUCGCAGGUCACAGGGAACCCUAUGGACCGUUGAUUAGGGAAGGAGAGAUCUUGCUUUGUAACCCAGCCCCACGUGCCCCCAGUCUCACCAAACCACUGGUUUCAUGGCGUCAGUACUGUGAUUGGAGAGGACUAGGCCUGUCGUCUCUCGUUGCUCCUCUGCUAAGUUCCCCUCUCUCCAUCUACUACAUCAUCACCUCACUGGUGCCCAAACAUUUUCCGGAGCUGAACAUUCUGAAGAAGCAGUCUCUAAAGAUUCAUAUCAUCGAGUCCUACAGGGAGUUUCACUCUCUUGUGGUGUUCUGGGAACUCUCCAUGCUCCUGCCACACAUGACCUUUGAACUGGUGUUCAUUGGGGAAGGCCUUCCCGCUGAGAGUGAUGAGGUGCAGCUCUUUCUACAAAAGAAGAAUGGCACGGUGAUAUUCGUGAACCCCAGCUUGACUCCAGACGAAAAGGUUGACAGGCGGAGCCUCCGGGUCAGAGGUUACCGCCGGGCCUAUCACAUGCUGCAAGGGCCUAAACCAGACCUGGUGAUAGGCUUCAGACCUAUGAUCCCGCUUCAUGAGUCUUGGCUCAGCACUCUCCCAAGGCUACAGUCUCUGCGGGUGCCGGCCUACUUCAGCGAGGUCAGCGAGCUGAGCUGUGAGUGCAGCCUGCAGGUGAUGAGCCAGGCCACUGGGGGCGCUGUCUCCACACCUCACAUCAACCCCUUCCACUGCCCUCUGCGCAUCACUGGAGGGGACAACAUGCUCCCUUGGUAUUCCAAUGCAUUUAUCUUUCAUCUUGUGUAUAAGCCUAUUGCUAGCUUCUUACAGCGGCCCAUGGCAGCCAAUUCUGAAAACCCACCCCCACAGGAUGAGCCAGCCAAUUGGCUGCAGGAGAAUCCUCCGAAGAUGACGCGCAAGGAGAGGAAGCACGCGGCUCGCUACCUGCCUCGUAAGCGCAAAUGAAAUGCGCUUACACACAAACUUCAGGGUCGUUGAUGAAAGAUUGUAUCCUUUUUAUUAAAAAGU